AUGUUCAACAGGCUGUCUGGCCAGCCAGAAAGCUAUGAGAAAAAGUCAGUUUCCUCCCCUGAUGGCUUUGCGUUCAGCGAUUGCACAGAAACAAUGAUUGACAUGAUUUCCCCCGCUUCCUCUUCUCCAGGGCCCUCUACAAGUUCGGCCGAACCCUUGGGCCGGCACCUACGGAAUCGUUCGCGAGGCAGAGACUGGGAUGGCAAAAAGGUGGCAAUCAAGAUCAUCUUGAAGAAAAAUGUGCGCGGAAACGAGGGCAUGGUCUACGAUGAAUUGGAGAUGCUGCAAAAACUCAAACACCCUCACAUUGUUUCCUUUGUCGAUUGGUUCGAGUCCAAGGACAAAUUCUACAUUGUCACUCAGCUGGCCACAGGCGGAGAGCUGUUUGACCGCAUCUGCGAGUAUGGCAAGUUUACAGAGAAGGAUGCCUCACAGACCAUUCGCCAGGUGCUUGAUGCUGUCAACUACCUUCACAAACGCAACAUUGUCCCCGAGGUGAGUCCCAGUCCACCCGUGCUGUUGGCCCCAUCUGUCUACUUGAAGCCCGAGAAUCUGUUGUAUCUCACGCGUGACCCCGACUCGGAGCUCGUCCUGGCAGAUUUCGGUAUCGCCAAGAUGCUGGAGAAUCCCGCCGAAGUCCUCACCAGCAUGGCCGGAUCCUUUGGACUUAUUCUCACCCUGCUGCAAUCGGAUCCCCAAAAGCGUGUGACCUCGGAGGAAGCGUUGAAGCACCAAUGGCUGACCGGAGAAUCCGCCGGUGACCGCGACCCGCUGCCCGAGAUCCGUGCCUACAUCGCCCGGGCUCGUCUGCGCCGCGGAAUUGAGAUUGUCAAGUUGGCCAACCGCAUUGAAGCCCUCAAGAUGCACGAAGAGGAAGACCAGGAGGACAUUCCCAGUCCCAUGGACAUGGCGGCGAAGAAUGCCGAGCCGGCGGAAGCCAGCGAGGCCAACGAGGCCAACGCCGAGGGUGUCUCUCCUUCCCCCACCACCAAGAAGCGCAGUCUCAGCAAGAUCGCCAAGGGAGCUAUCUUCCGAGAGGUGGUCUUGGCCAAAGUUCGUGAUGCCAAGGAGAAUGAGGAGCGGGAGAAAAUGGAACGAGAGGCCCGGGAGAAGACUUCACAUCAUUCGUGA